CGCUUUUGACUAAUCAGAUAUUAUCAUCGAAGCGCAUACUAUAAAUAGUGCUUCAUUCAGCAGAUUGUUACAGUCACAACUUACUCACCGUCCUAAAAGGAUCUACAUUCCUUGUUUGAGAGACACUAAAAAGAAAUUUAAAAAAGAUGAAGAGCCUGCUCCUUGUAGUACUGUUGGCAGCGGCAGCCACAGCCGCCAUCGUCCACCAGGACAUUACUGAAGCACCUGAGGGAAUUGUCGAGUAUGAAGAAAUCCUGUACAAUGAUGAGGCUGAGGUGGCUGAAGUAGAGGCUGGUAGCAGGAGUGUGGAGAUCGAGAGUCGCCGCAACCUCAGCGUGGGGACCAUCGGCAACAGCAGACUGCUCGCCAAUACUCAGCACAUCAGAGGCGCCGUCGCGAACACAAUCAUCGUCCAGAACAUUACUUUCAACUUCGCGUCCAGUAUCCGAAUCGCCGCGAUCCGAGUGACGCGAGUGGGAGCCUCACAGAACGCGACCCCGUCCAUAGUCUCCGGAGGUCUGAACCGCAACUUUGUGACAAUCAGGAUUACGUCAGCUCGAGGCCGCGGCUACAACUACAGGAUCCAGAUCUACGGACGUUAAACUGCUGCAAGUGAUGCGCUCCUAGCAGUGGAAGAAGAUACUGACACGGAUUAUUCUUAAGAUUGAUUUGUAGUUUUUAAUGUGUACAAUAAAUGCUAUUAUUACUUCAAA